GACCACCUAGCUUAAAUUCAAUAUCAAGUGAUGUCCAUGUAUAUUUUGACAUAACCUAGGCCUCUUCUUGCCUUGUGUCUAGCCCCUCUCAGUGCUGAUCAUGGCUGGUUGUCUUGUGUUGUUACUCCUCCUAGCUCUCCUCUCUUUUUCAGGAAAUGCAGAUGUUAGCUUUGAUUGUGGAGCAUCCGAUGCUUAUGCGGACGAGAAUUCUAUAGUGUGGAUAGGAGAUGAUGACCUCUUCAAAAACAGCCAGUCUGAAGUGGUGCAACCCAGCAAUACAGCAUCGCAUGUAAUGAGCACUCUAAGGGUGUUCACAACUCUAAAGAAGAAUUGUUACCCUGUCACAGCCGCUAAGGGCAGUCUAAUUCUUGUUCGAGCCAGCUUCUUCUACGGGAAUUAUGACAAAAGAUCAUCUCCUCCAUCUUUUGAUCUGCUUUUUGAUGGAAACCACUGGGCCACUGUCAAGACCUCACUUGAUCAACUUGUAUAUUAUGAAGUAAUGUAUGUUGUCAAAAGCGAUACAACAAGCAUCUGUCUUGCCCAAACACAACCUAACCAGUUCCCAUUUAUAUCAGCACUUGAGGUUAGGAACUUGGAUUCUAAAAUGUAUGGCGAUGUCGAUCCGAAUUAUGCACUGUUUUUAAGGUCAAGGAUUGCUUAUGGUGCUAAUACAACAGUAAGAUUCCCGGAUGAUGGUUAUGAUCGCAUUUGGGUUCCAGCAAGAGUUGGUAGCGGGCUAGUUUCGGUUGCAAGCGACGCUAUACUCAUCGAUGUUGCUAAUGCACCGGAUAAUCCUCCACCAGAAGUCCUGCAGAACGCUAUUACAACCUCUAACACGUCUGCUUCUAUCACUUUGAACCCUGGUUUUCCAGAUCAAGAUGUUUCAGUCUACAUGAACUUGUAUUUCUCUGAAGUGACCGAGCUGGAUGCCACUCAGAAAAGAUCCUUCAACGCUUACAUCGAUAACAUGAAAUCAUCGGAGCCCAUAAUCCCACCUUAUGAAGCAGCGAAGGAAAUGUCUGCUAACUUCACUGCUUCGGCAAACACCUCAAUUUCUUUGGUUUCCACCACCGAUUCUACACUUCCUCCACUUAUCAAUGCCAUGGAAGUCUUUUUUGUUAGUGAUCGCCUGACAGAUGGAACCAAUAGUAAAGAUGUGGAAGGUUUAGGUGAACUCCAAAACACAUUUAGUGUAUUACAAGAAUAUUGGUCUGGUGAUCCAUGUCUCCCUUCUCCAUACACAUGGGAAAGGAUUAGUUGUAGCAACGAUGCCAUCCCUCGCGUAACAGCAUUGGACCUUAGUAGCUUGGAUCUUUCAGGGCCAUUUCCAGAUUUUAGUUCCAUGGAUGCCCUUGUGACAAUCGAUUUGCAUAAUAACAGCAUAACAGGACCGAUUCCGGAUUUUCUUGGCGCCUUACCUAACCUCAAAGAUCUGAAUUUGGCAGACAAUUCCUUCAGUGGACCCAUACCUCAAUCAAUAUCAAGCAAUAAGAAGUUGAAAUUUGCGGCAUCAGGCAAUCCAGACUUGUGUGUCUCCGGCAAGUCCUGUCAGCCAACUAGUACUGAUGGCACUAUCAUUACAUCAACUCCAUCAGGAGGCAGAAAAAAGAGCAAUAAGCUUCCAGUGAUACUCGGAACCACAAUUCCAAUCUUCGUAUUUUUCUGGGCGAUUGUGGGAUUUUUAGUGCAUCACAAGAGAAGAACAGCAGCCAUAGCCGCAAUCACAGCAGGAAAAACUGGAGGUGCCAACAGUCAAGUUGGUGAAGCUGUGAUAAAUGAGAUCAGGGUCAACAUCCAAGACCAAACAACGUCAGAGAAUGGUGAUCAAUCGGUUCCACAGCAAUGAAAAAGCAAUCAGCCGGAAAACAAUCAACUUUCUCCUCAAAACUUUCGGCAUAUUAAAUUCCCCGGUCGAUGUAGUGUCCAUUGUUUCCCAGAGUAGAAGGUCAGAUAUUAGGAACCUAGGGACAUCAUCAGGUGGGUGAUGCCAAGAAAUGUCCGAAGGACAUUACUUCAAGAACAUUUAUUGUGUUUUGAAAUAAUGAUUUUGCAUGUAUAAUGUAUUACAAAAUAAAAAUAUGAGUGUAAGUGUGUAUGUAAUAGUGUUCUUCAAUGAAGCAUUUUUUUUA